AGAAUAACAAUUUAAGGUGAAUGGAUGGAAAUACUUUGUUGGAAUUGGAGAGAAAAGAAAACCAAAGACCAAAUUACUAUUUAAAUUUGAUCAAAUUAUCGGUGAUUUAGUCGAGUUACAAUUUAGAAGGAGAUUGAUUAAGGUUAAAGAAAGUAAUUUUUUCCAUCACAAUUAUGAUUAAAUCUCGAUUAAUUAGUUAAAUGUUACGUCUGGUGAUUUAAUUGGAACAAUUAAUAGACGAUUUAUCUGUUUAACUGUUACCCUUUCUCCAACCAUCAAUAGAUUAUCCAAGUGAAUCAAUUUUAUCUCCGCUUAUUAACAAUUGGAUCAAGGUGUUUGGGUUAAUCGUCUACAAGUAAAACAACAACAACAACAACAACCCUAUUAAUGUGUACACGUUGUCGUAUCUUUAUCAAGCCAAUUUUGAAGCGAAAAUAUUUGUAAAUACUAUUAGAUUUCAGUGAUUUCCGUUUUGAGAAUAUAUUUCAAGCUGAAUUGUGAAUACAAGUAACAACAAUAAGACCAACACAACAACAACAACAAAUCAAAGAAAAGAAAUUGUCAACAGUUUUUAUCUACAUGAAUCUUUAUAUUGAAUAAGUGGAUAGCAGAAAAGUAAAAAAAAAAGAUUAGACAAAAAAUACGGAAUCAAGUUACAAGAGAGAAAGUAUUUGAGUCUUUAAUCGUCUUUAAUUGUCUUGAUCAUCUCAACACUUUCACAUUACAAUUUGGAUGAAACCAGCUGAGAGUUAACAGUUAACUGUCUUCCUUUUCAUCUUAACCAUCACCAUCAUCAUCAUCAUCAAUUCAUAUUCAUCAUCAAUAGGAUUGGAUUAACAUUCUCAUGGAUUUCAAAGUGAUUCUAAUUUUUGUGAUAUGUAAUUUAGGUUUAGCUUAUGGUUUCUUUGAAGGGAUUUAUUGUGGUGUAGACAAUUGUUAUGAUGUAUUAAAUGUUACCCGAGAAGCGACCAAAGAGGAGAUUACCAAAGCUUACCGAAAGUUAGCCAGAAAACAUCACCCUGAUGUCCACAAAACAGCGGAAGCCAAAGCCGAGGCUAGUGAAAAGUUCACCCGAUUAGCAAGUGCUUAUGAAAUAUUGAGAGAUGAUGAACAAAGAAAGGAUUACAAUUACAUGUUGGAUAAUCCUGAUGAAGUGUAUAGACAUUAUUAUCAUUAUUAUCGCCGCCGAUAUGCCCCCAAGGUGGAUGUCAGAAUUGUCAUUGUAAUUACCAUAACAGUUAUUUCUGGUAUCCAAUAUUGGGCCUGUCUAUCAAAAUACAAUGAAGCCAUCGACUAUUUUUUAACUAUACCUAAAUACAGAAUUAAAGCCACCGAAAUUGCUAAAGAUGAAGGUUUGCUCAACCAUUCGGCAGCUAAUAGGAAGAAGAAUCGAUUUAGAACGAAAGAUGAGAUUAGACAAGAAGAAGAGAAAAUUUUACGUAAAAUAAUCGAAGAGAAAAUGGACAUUAAAGGAGCUUAUGCCAAACCGAAGAUCACUGAUGUUCUAUGGGUCCAAUUGUUUCUUCUUCCAGUAACCAUAUUCAAUUGGAUCUAUUUCCAGAUCCGGUGGAUUUAUAAGUUUACCAUUUGCAAGGAGGAAUAUGGAGAUGAAGAGUUGGAACAUUUGAUUAGGAAAAACAUGAGUCUCUCGAAGAGUCAAUAUGAUGCUCUGGAUGCCGAAGAGAAAGAGGAAUAUUUUGACCUUGAACUUUGGGACAAAGAGAAAUAUAAAACAUGGAAACAAGAAAAAGACGAUGAAAUGAGAGCUAAACUCGCCGAAAGUGGAGUAGCCAAGAGAUACCGCCGGUGGAAAAAGAAAGGUGGACCAGGACAAAUUACAUUCUUAGAUGAUUAAUUAUAUAAUUCGUUGUUAAAAGACUUAAAAAAAAUGUUCGCAAUUAACUCAAAAAAUCAAUUUCUCUAUUGGGUUAUCAUCAUCUUCAUCAUUCUAAUUGCUAAUGUGAAAACCUUUAAUUUUUCCUCCUCGUCAAUUAAUCAAUUUUGUUACUGAAAAUUUUAAUACAGAACAGCAAAAGUUAUUAGAUCAAAUCGCUAAUUAAACAAUUUAUUUAUAUAAAAAGAAACAA